UGAGAUCAAAGAAACCCUUUUUCUUUAUCCUUUAUUAAAUUCAUUUUUCUUACUUAACCCCCCAUUUCUGUGCCUUCAAGCUGAGAGCAGAGCUGAGGACGUCAAGGGGGAUCAAAUGGCACAGUUCGUCGACAAAAUUAAUGAUACCGGUCGGGAAACUAGUGUGAAUUCGAGCUCUUCUUGUCCUUCUUGCGGCCACCAAAUCAAAAGCCGACUCAAGGGUGGGAUUGGUUCAUUACCGGGUCUGCCUGCGGGGGUGAAAUUUGACCCCACGGAUCAAGAGCUUCUUCAACAUUUAGAGGGAAAAGUUGUUGGGGGUGAUGCUCACAAUCUUCAUCCUUUGAUCGAUGAGUUCAUACCCACAAUUCAAUGGGAGCAAGGGAUUUGCUAUACGCAUCCCCACAAACUGCCUGGAGUAAGAAAAGAUGGUCUAGUCCGGCACUUCUUCCACCGGCCAUCGAAGGCGUACACAACAGGAACAAGAAAAAGAAGAAAAGUUGAGGCAGAGGAGGCGGAGGGGGAGGGGGAGACGCGGUGGCACAAGACGGGGAAGACGAGGGCGGUUCAGGUGGAGGGGAGAGUGAAGGGUUACAAGAAGAUAUUGGUGCUGUACACCAAUUAUGGGAAGCAAAAGAAGGCGGAGAAGACGAACUGGAUAAUGCACCAAUACCAUUUGGGGAGGUGCGAGGAGGAGAAAGAUGGGGAGAUUGUGGUGUCUAAGGUUUUUUACCAAACACAGCCACGCCAAUGUGGGAACUCACUGCAAAGGGAAUCCAUUUCUCUCAAUAACCCUAACCCUAACCCUAACCCUAACCCACUUGUUGAUUUCUAUAACCCUUCUUUCAUAUCUUUUGAGUCUUGUGAUCAAAAUAGAUCGCCUACCAAUUCCCACCCCCUGAUUCCCCAAUUUGGAUUCCAUGCUGGUUCCUCUCUUAUUUCAUGAAUAUAUAUAUAUAUAUAUGGGUAUAUAUGGUUAACUACUGUAUGAAUAAAUUUGGACCAUCUCUCCAUCUCUCCCUCCCUCUCAGACCCAAAGAAGGUGGACACAAGAUAAUGUGUAAGGAGGCGAUGUGUCAACAAGGAUGUUGGGUCGAAAGGGGUGGAACCGAAAGGAGUGAAUUGGGGGUCCACAUUGAUCAGAGAAGUGAAUGAAUGUCAGCCAAACAUCCUUUAUAAAAGUAUGAAAACCUCUACUUACAAACACGUUUUAAUACUUUGAAGGAAGAAACGAAAAAAAAAGUGAAAAAAUAGACGAUGGGAAUGAAUUACAUGAAAGGGAAGUUUUGAAGCAAAAGUUGGCUCUAAAAUCAAUACAGAAGAAAAUGAAAAGAGUUGGGGUUUGGGGCAAUCUUUUUAGAUGUCAAACUAUGGUAUCAUUACGGGAUGACCCCUUCUUCACCCCUUCCUUUAUUGAACGCCAAAGCUAUCUUAAAAUUUCCAAUCCCGAAAGCAUUCAAGUUUGGUCUAAAUGAUGUCUUGAAAAAUGUUAAAGCCUCCCAUGGAUUUGACAUACCAAUUUCAAACCUUCAUCUCUUUUUUCAUACCACUUUUACUUUUUUCUUUUUUCUUUUACCAAAAGAUAUAGACUUCUUUUCUCCGUUCUUGAAAUCUUAACCCAACUUUUA